AUGAUCAAGUCUACUGUGGUGGCGUUUGCCCUGUUGGGCGCUGCGUUGGCUUUCGAUCACCAUGGAUUCAUCAGCGAAGUGAAACAUAUCCCGUACAAGUGGUACGGCGGUAUGCAAGGAGGAAUGGGUGGCGGCGGCGGUGGUGGCGGCUUUGAAAUGGGAGGAGGUAUGGGAGGCGGAAUGGGAGGAUUCGGAGGAGGCUUUGGCAUGGGCGGUGGUGGCGGCGGCGGAAUGGGAGGAGGAUGGAAGGAAGGUGGUGAGGACUACUAUUCGUAUCCCAAGUACAAGUACGAAUAUGGAGUCAAAGACAUCCACACCGGAGAUCACAAGAGCCAGUGGGAGAUGCGCGAUGGAGAUAUCGUCAAGGGAGAAUACACCUUGGAUGAAGCUGAUGGAAGCAAACGUAUCGUUGAAUACUACGCUGACGGAAAGAAUGGUUUCGAAGCUAAGGUGAAGAACAUUGGCGGAGGAGGUAUGGGAGGCGGCAUGGGAGGUGGAAUGGGAGGAGGUAUGGGAGGAUUCGAAGGUGGCUACCACGGAAUGGGAUACAGUUAUAGCAAGCUGAAAAAGUACAACUAAGCAGACCAAGACUGAUCAUGCGAAGACUGGAAAGAAGAGAUGAAUAAAUUAUUAUUAUUUGUGAAACAUUAUAUUAGCAGUUAUCUAUUUCAAACACUGAUCACCAUUAUAUUUAUGUUCAUCUUUUAUGUUAACCCUUUGGAGCCGGAGGGGUAAAUAUGAGCCCGGCGAUGAAACCGAGCAUAACAAACGUAUUCGAGACAAGCGAGGUUUCGGCAGUAGUGGCCAAACUUUCCGGCUCCAAAGGGCUAAACAACAAUGGGGUGUAGUUGGCAGAAGAAGAGCAACAGUGUAAUGAAGUCAAAGACACGUCCCGGUUAUGGAAACCGCUCGAGAUAUAGGUAUAUAUACAAGAUAGAUGAUUGGCACAACUAGAGUAAGUGUGCCAGUUAUCGCCAUAGAGGUUCCCUAUUUGGACAUAGUGGAAAUUUUGAAAGUUUUCAAGGUUUGAACUAUUAUGGAAGUUUCAAAAGCAAAAUUUCAAUUGUAUCUUGUCAUUGAAACUCUUGAAAUGUUGUAAAAUUGUAAACUAUGACCAAAUAGGGAACCACUAUAACGAUAACUGGUUCACAGUCGUUGACGUUUUGUGCCUUUAUUGCUUACGAUUUAGAC